AUGGAUGAUGACAAUGUCUUCAUUGAUGAAAGCAUUGCUUUAACAGACAUCAUCUCCUCAAGCACUGAAUUCUUGGGUGAUGUUGUGCAAGUAGACACUUGGGUAGCUGCAUCGGGAAAGAAUGGCAUGCGGCGUGAUUGGCUUGUUCGUGACUCUAAAACAGGGGACACUCUAACUAGAGCAUCCAGCAUUUGGGUGAUGAUGAAUAAAGAGACGCGGAGGUUAUCUAAGAUUCCUGAUGAAGUUCGUGGAGAAAUAGGUUCAUAUUUUGUGGAUUCACCUCCUAUUGUGGAUGAAGACAGCAGAAAAUUACCAAAACUUGAUGAAAGCACUGCAGAUGUUGUUCGUAGUGGCUUAACACCUAGGUGGAGUGAUUUAGAUGUUAAUCAGCAUGUCAACAAUGUGAAAUAUGUUGGGUGGAUUCUUGAGAGUGCACCACUGCCAAUUUUGGAGAGUUACGAGCUUUCUGGCAUGACUCUGGAGUACAGGAGAGAAUGCGGUCGGGACAGUGUGCUGCAGUCCCUGACUGCUGUAUCUGGAGGUAAUGUUGGUGGUUUGGUUAAUCCCGGCUAUGUAGAGUGCCAGCAUUUGCUUCGGCAUGAGAGUGGAGCUGAGAUUGUGAAGGCAAGAACUGAAUGGAGGCCCAAAUUUGCCAAAAGUAUUGGGAGUGUCAAUCAGCUUCCCGAAGCAGAAAGUGCUUAA